AUGACUUGGGAUUGGAUCGAUAUAUCCUUUCCCCGAUUCUUUCUUCUCAAUCUCAGGGUCGCUAGAUCAAUCGCACCUGCAAAGUUUCCAAGUAGUGAAGACACAUUCUCUACCUUUCAAAUCUGUCCCGCAAAACGAGAGAACCGGAAAAAUACGGAUACCCAAAUCAGUCUCUCCUGAGACUAGGGAGACUCAGACUAAAGCAAAGGAAAUGGGUCGAUCUUUGAUUUCUUCCACCAACAUUUCUCUGAGACUUUCUCAGAUACCCAAAUCAUUUUCACCUGGUUUGAAACUAAAGCUGCCUCUCUCAUUGAAUUUCACAAGGAAUUCUAUAGGAUUGGGAAGAUUAGAACAUGGGGCGCGGAGGGUAUUGUCCAUCUCCACUAUUCCUGCGAGGAGACUCUGUUCAAAGGCUGUGUUAUCCGAAAUUCCCAAUGAGAAGCGGUAUCCGAAAGUGGGUGCUGAAUCGACUGGACCCAUUCCUUCAAAUGAGCUUCUUCGAGCCGUCGAAAAUGCUGCGAAGACUGGUGCUGAGGUUGUGAUGGAUGCUGUCAAUAAACCGCGCAAUGUUAAGUAUAAAGGGCUCACGGACUUGGUGACUGACACAGAUAAAAUGAGCGAGGCUGCCAUCUUAGGAGUAUUGAAAAGGAGUUUCAGAGAUCAUCUUAUUCUUGGGGAGGAGGGUGGGAUUAUUGGGGAUUCAUCUUCUGAUUAUCUCUGGUGCAUUGAUCCAUUAGAUGGAACUACAAAUUUUGCACACGGCUAUCCAAGUUUUGCGGUAUCUGUAGGAGUUCUAUUCCGAGGAAAGCCAGCUGCUGCUGCUGUGGUGGAAUUUGUGGGGGGGCCAAUGUGUUGGAAUACCCGCAUAUUUUCUGCAUCAGCAGGAGGUGGAGCCUUUUGUAAUGGACAAAAGAUUCAUGUUAGUCAAACUGAUCAGGUGGAACAAUCUCUUCUAGUGACUGGAUUUGGAUAUGAACAUGAUGAUGCAUGGGUGACUAACAUAAACCUAUUCAAGGAAUUUACAGACGUCAGCAGGGGUGUGAGGCGGCUUGGUGCAGCUGCGGUGGACAUGUGUCAUGUAGCUCUUGGCAUUGUGGAAGCUUACUGGGAAUAUCGUCUAAAACCAUGGGACAUGGCUGCUGGAGUUCUGAUAGUUGAAGAAGCAGGUGGAUCUGUCACAUGCAUGGAUGGAGGAAAAUUCUGUGUGUUUGAUAGGUCAGUUCUGGUAUCUAAUGGUGUGCUGCAUGCAAAGCUCUUGGAGAGAAUAGGUCCUGCAACAGAGACGCUGAAGAACAAGGGGAUUGAUUUCGGUCUGUGGUAUAAGCCAGAAAACUACCACACAGAUUUUUGAACUCUCCAUUCCCCACCCCCCACCCCCCACCCCCCACCCCCCAAAAAAAGGGCAUUGCUCAAAUGUUGUGUAUUAGAUACAUUUUUGUUUUUUUAAAUAAUUUUCUGUAUUAUAUUACCCAACUCAGCUUUGGAGAGAAUAGAUCCUGCAACAGAGACGCUGAAGAACAAGGGGAUUGAUUUCUGUGGUUUAAGCCAGAAAACUAAAGCACAUUUUUUAA